UUGUUGUUGUCAUGGCGGCGUUUCAAACUGUUGCCGAAGUAGGAUUCAAUUUGAAAAAGAUAACUAUGAGCUAUAUUUCAAUUCAGCUGGUACUUUGAGCCUCUCUCUCUCUCUCUGUACAUACAUUAAUUUAUAAUAUUUACUAAAAAAAAGUCAUACGCAUAGCUCUUGAAAAGUGGUCCCACAAUGCCGAGGUAGAGACUGGGCUGGAUCAUAACCACAGUGGUUUUACUGGGAUGUCGCAAACAAAGCUGUUGUUCAAUGAAGCUAUCCCUGCAAGUACUGGCCGACGAGCCACCCAUGUGCGCCCACCAGCCCCCAUCGUUAUUGAAAGGCUGCUGCCGCCGCCGACAGAGGAGUCUGGGAAGAUGGACAGCGCCAGAAGCUCCAUCAGCUUCACCGCCCUCUCUGAGGAGCGGCUACACGCUGCAGUCCAGCUUGCAAAGCGUGAUCUGAGGAGAAGGCGCCGUAAGUCACUCACAAAAUCCCCUCCAAAACCCUCUCAGGAGCCCUCCCUUCUUUACACAAGUGACGUAGAGCUACUUCAGGAGCUUGCAGCCACUCCAACUAAAGCAAAAUUGAAGGCCUCCAGUCCGAAACAGAAGGCAGGACGACCUGGAGCCAAACUGUCUGUGCACACUUUCCACAAACAUCCAAUUUCUCCCAUACCUCACGCUGGCCAGUCACCCCCAACCAGAGACCCAGGGAAGUUGGAAAAAGGCAAAGAGGCUCCUUUAAGCCAUGAGAUCCACAAACUGCAAAAUGAGCUGGAGGUGUAUAUCCAGAAAGUUGAAGAGCUAGCCAACAGAGGUGAUCCAAAACAAAAAGGAGACAAAGUAGAGGAGCCUCUGGAGCCUGAAGAGCUUUACAAGCUGGAGAUGCGCAGACAGAAGCAGGCAGCUCGAUCAGGACGUAUGAUUUAUGUUCUCCAACAGCAGGUAAAAGAGAUUCAAGAUGAUAUUGUAAAACUACGAUGCCAGAACAUAUGGGACACUAAAAAGUCCACAGCAAUCAGCAGACUGGCAGCUGCCCACCGUGGGGCACUCAGGACCUUGCAGGCUGUUAUUCACCAGCUCUCAGAUCUAUCUCAUGGAAAGUUGCCCUCUUACCACAGAGAGCUGGGGCAGCUGAUUCGUCAGCUCUCUUUGUGCUCAGCAAAGGUUGAGGUGGAGCAGGGUUCAGCUGUGCCUGAGACGGCCCUCGACAUCCUGCAGAAACUGGAGGUUUUGGAUUCUGCCCUCAAUAAACAAGAGAUGCUCGAAAAGAAGCAGGCCCAAACUUGUCCUCCACACAGGAAGUCUCCCCAUCACAGCAUGUCACCUAUUAGGGCACCCAAGGGUCCAAGUACCUCAUCUGUUCGAGGACCGUGCAAAGCCCCGAAUCCCAAAAGGGGUCUCCAUGUAGGAAGGAGAAGGGCCUUGCAGAAGCCUAGAACAGCGUCUCAUCAGCAGCUUAUAAACAGGAGAGAGUUACUCAGGGCUGGCCUAGAGAGAUUCGCACAACAGGGGGAACUGAGAGAGCAGCCAACACAAGCUCAGACAAACAUGAACUGCAGAGAAGGAGGGGACCAACACUCUGAUAGGAACAAGGCUGACAUUAUAAACAAGCGUAAUCAGAUAAAAGAAGCAGGUUUCCAGCUGCCCACAGUCUCCUCUCAGCUGCGAGUGAACCAGCUCCCUCAAAAAGAGCACUCUGUGCCCUGGAUACCUACAUCCCCUCACUCUCCUCCUCCACAGCGAUCCCCUCCAAGGAGAAGACCAGAGCCUCGCUGUCUCUUCUCUCCUGUGAAGCCGUCACUGAGCCCUCCGAAGCAGAAGGUGGCUGUUGGUUUUAGCUCGGAAACGGAAACACACGCUCAAAACGAAGCAUUAAGGAAAGCCUGGUUAGAUAAGAUGACCAUGCAGAGACUGAGAGAGCUCAACCAACUAAGCAAAGAGGAGGCCGACCGCAUUCAGACAUUAAGGUCAGAAGUUGUCUCACCAUCUCAGUGGGCUGAGCGAGCCGAGCAGCAGGCCAGAGAGAGAAUUCAGCCGCUUCUGGAUAAAGCUCAGAGGAUCAGUGAGUCCAGUAACCGAAUCAGCCCCUCGCUGAGGAAUAGGCUGUCUGAUCAGGCUGCAGAGCGGGCAGCAGAGAGUGCGGAGCAGCUGAGCCAGGCCCUGCUGGAGGAUCUGUUGGAGGACACUGCGCGGGCAGCGUGGGCAGCUCAGACAGACAGACAGUUGGAAGACGCGGCCCUGUGUAGGCUGCAGGCCCCCACCCUGGAGAGCAUGCUACUUCGGAUGGAGGAGAUACAGAGAGAUCAAGAGGAAGUUAGGAGACGGUUUGCUACCAUCAGCUAUUCAGACCCUCUUUACUGGGAUGGACCAGGAGCGCCAGGACCCCUGUGUCAUGCUCCGGGCUCGAGGCCAGCCUCUCCUCAGCCUAUUAGGCUCACAAGGCCAGUGCUGAUUCAGAGCUCUGCAGCUGAUAUUGUCCUAGAGAGACCGGUGGAGACUGGCAUUCUCUCUGAGAGCAGCCUGGCGGAGGAGGCGUCCCAAGAUGAGCAGCGGCCCACACACAGCAACGUGUUCCUCCCAGGCCCAGCGGAGCGGAGCCGAGGGACUUUUAUCUCUGUGCCAGGCGGCAUGCUGGGAAACAUCCGGAGAUACAGGGAAGACUAUGAGGCCUACCUGCGUGUAGUGGCACACGAGAAUGUCGGCAGCUUCAACCCCUGGGCCAUCGCAGACAGCCUGGCAGAUGAGCUGCUGUCGGAGGCUCUGGCUGACGUGGCUGCAGAGUUUCAGGACGUCGUGGAGGACUACGCAGAGGCCGUCUUCACCUCAGAGUUUCUCCAGCCAGUCCAGUCACCUCCUGCUACUGCUGCGGCUCUGAUUAACCAAUAGGAAGCUACAGCACGGUGGCUGAGAUAGAGGUUUUUUUAUGAACUAUAUCCAAAACAUAUUUAUUUGUUGAAAAUCUGAAUUUUUUGACUUUCAGCAAAAAAAGGAUUUGAGGAUUUGAAUAUCAAGUAGAAAAAAUUCAAAUAAGGGCUAUGAUUAUUUGCAGAUAUUUCAUUUGGUGGGGAGCCUUUUUAUUCUUUUUGACAUUAAGAAAUUGGUCAUAGAUCAUUGCUUUCAUAUCAUAUGGAUAUGACUUUAUUUAAUUAGGUUUACAGAUACUUUGUAAUGAAGAUGCACCAGACAAAGAUAGUUGAAUUUCUCAGGGAGCGUGAGUCACGUUACCCUUUGUGGUCCAUCUGUAGCUGUGAUUGAAUUCCACAGGGGAAAGUUAGUUUAGUUUCGAUAAGCUUCGAGAGACCAUUACGACAUCACAGAGGAUUAUAAGAUUACCGCCCUCCUGUUGCACUUGGUUUAAAUCUCCCCGAGGAUUACUUGCACUUUCUAUUUUCACGUUGGAAAUACAUUAAUUGCAUACGGUCGCAAAUGAAUUGCAUAGGCAGUCGAGAGCAUCAUGUGUUAAAUCUAUUGUGACUAACAGGUUAUCCUCGUUUGCUUUCAUGUCUAAUAAAGGGGUCUAAACACAG